CAAAUGAAGAAACUCACGAUUUUUGGAAGAGUUUUUUGGGUCUAAAAAACUAACAGGGUUUUUUAAAGAGUUUUUUAGACCCAAAAAGCUCUUCCAAGAAUCGUGAGUUUCUUCAUUUUGAACCGACCACGAACGCUUUUUAGUUUUUUGGCCUAAAAAACCCGUUAAAAACGACUUUCUUUUGGGUUUUUUGAUCAAUUUUUUAGUUCAGAAAAACUCUUUUAUUGUAGUUUAUUAAUCUACGACUUUUUUUUAGAGUGUAGGAUCCUAGCAUUUUAGGAACCUGCUAGGAAGUUAUUAGAUGGAUCCUAAAUGUUAGGGUCCUAUAAGAUCCUGGUAGGAAAUAGACAAGAAGUACGUAGGAUUUUGUCUAGGGUACGUUCUUUCAUGAAAAGUGGAGUAUCAAAAAGACAGUUUGAAAUGAAAAUAAAAACUGAAAAUGUUUAAUAAAAAAAAAGAUUUUGUUGAAUCAUGACAUCAUUUAUGUUGAAAAAAGAAUUUGGUAGCAGGUAGAAUCUUAGUACUGUAGAAAAGUCAAAAGAUCAACAGAUAAUGGGAUUAUCACAAUAUUUUUCUGAAACUAAGAAUUAUGCUUUGUAAUCUGAAGAUAAUAUGUUUUCGAGAAUGAAGUGAGAACAAAUCGAUAUAUCAUUUCUACUCUGUCUGUUAGACUUUCUCACAAAAUAUUUUAGCAUAAGCUAUCAUAAGCGUACAAAACAUGCAAAACACACACUUUACAUAUCUCUCAUUUUCUCACUACGAUGCAUAAAAUCUGAGAUAAGAAAAAUGCUAUAUUUAUCAUGUAAACGAUACUCUUGCUAUUUACCGAUCGAUUCUUUAGUAUUUACACAAUGAACUUUUUUUUACUGGUUAUAUACUCUGAUACCCGAGAACUCUCAAAAUUUAUACGUUUCAGAUUGAAAAGAAAUUUAUUGUAGACAAUAUCAUUUUCUUCACCUUCUUUUAAACUUCUGCUAGUUAGUAAGCGUCAUUCUUAUACAAAAGUCUCAUAAACUGAAGAUCCAGAUGAAUGCCCAAUAAAUUUUCUUCUGACAAUCGGAAAUAUCAACACUCUUCAAGCGAAAAAUAUAACAACAGUCGCGAUUAUCAGAUAAUUAUCAUGAUUUAAAAUGAAAAACUAUCAAAACAUAUUCAUUAUCGUCAAUUAUUAUAAAACAAAUAUAAAUUCAUUUUGCCAUGUUCAAAAUCUAUUGAAAAAAUAUAUAGACAAAACUUACCUUUAAUUAAACUGAGAAGUUGACUGUUCACUAAAUUUUUCAAAUUGUUGAGUUAUACGGGUUACUCCUAUUUUUAUUUAUAGAUAUAUAUGUCAUUUAGAAAGUCUAUAAAAAUUUAUAGCGUCGUACAUAUAAUGAUCAAAAUACGGAUAGUUGUCAUAAUUUGCUUUAGUUCCCUUCUCUCUUUUUUAUUUAGUGCUUGUAAAUCAGAAUUAUCAUUAUAAAAAAAAUUUUCUGGAUACUUUUGUCAAAUUGAUGACAACAACGACUUGAAAUAUAUGACCAACUAAUUUUUGAUGAAUGUUAUAUAAAAGGAAAAAAAAUAUCUAGUUUUAUCGAACAAUAACAAGAAAAAUAAUGGUUUAUUAUAAUAAACUAUACGUUUAUUCUAUACAUAUAGUUAUAAAGUUUAUAACAGAAGUUUUUUAUAGUUUAACUUUGUGUGAAUGUCUCGAUGUAUAGAUGAAUUGAUUAAUAAAUUUUACUUAUUCUUUUAGGAAAAACUCGUACAAGAGAUAAAUAUCGUGUAGUAUACAGUGAACAUCAACGUUUUGAGCUUGAAAAUGAAUUUAUUAUUGCAAAAUAUAUUACAAUUCCAAGAAAAACAACUUUGGCACAGGCCUUGAGUCUAAGUGAACGACAGAUCAAAAUUUGGUUUCAAAAUCGUCGUGCAAAAGAGCGCAAAGUAAAUAAAAAACGAUCCGAGAUAAGCAUUAAUGGUUGUAACAAUGAAAAUCAACAACAUUUACAUAAUUCAUCAAACGAUGAAUCACAAAAUGAUUCGUGUGAAAGUUUAAUUUAUCGGAAUGGUUAUUCUUGA